AUGUUUCCUCUGCUGGAUUGCAAUAGAGAAGAAGAAAAUGAGGGCAAGCCUGAGACUGUGCAGAGGGCUGGCUUUAUCAAAGGCCCGCUCUUCAAAGGCGUCGCUUCCAGUCGCUUUUUGCCCAAAGGCACCAAGACAAAGGUUAACCUUGAGGAGCAAGGGAGACAAAAGGUGUCUUUCAGCUUCAGCUUAACCAAGAAAACCUUACCCAAUAGAUUCCUGACCGCUCUCGGCAACGAGAAGCAAAAUGACGCUCAGAACUCCCCGGCGGCCCCCCUUCAAGCUGACUCUAACCCCAAGAGUAAGAUGGAGCAGGGGGAUGCCGCUGGUUCAGCUGAGGAGCCUUCCCCUCCGAAACCGAAGGUAGAGCUGGGGAAGAUCCAUUUUAAAAAGCAUUUGCUUAAUGUCACGGCGAAACCGCCCCCGGCCCCGGCAGCGACCCUCCCACCGCCACCGCCCGCGGCCCCGCUGAGCGAACCGCCGGUGCCGGGCCUGGACUCGGCCUCGGCGGUGCCGCCUCCUCCUCCUCCUCCCCCUCCUCCCCCGCCGCCGGCACCGCCAGCCGCCUCCAUGCAGCUCCCGCAGCCGGCGCCCCCGCUGUCGGAAGCCCAAGUGCCCGUUUCGAAGGAGCCGGGCCCCGCGGCGCCCAGGGAGGCGCCGGAGCCGUCGGACGCCAGGCAGGACGGGGGCUGGCGCAGGGCGGACGAGCGCGGCGCGCCCCAGCAGGCGGAGGUGACCCCGCACAAGGAAGAUUCCCAUAUUGGGAAGGAGGACGAGGUUUCCGACGGCUCCAAGGGUGCUCCCCCCUGCUCCCGGAGGCAGGGGGCCAGGAGGAAGUUCUCGCAGUCGGACGGCGCGGCGCCGGGCUCCGAGUCCGACGAGGAUUCGGUGAGGACCUCCUCCAGCCAGCGCUCGCACGAGCCGAAGGUGUCCAGCACGGAGAAGGAGAGGGAAGCCAGACGGAGCUCCGCGUCGCUGAGGAGCGACGAGCCGGGCAAGUCCUCCUCGCGCUCCAGGUCGGACAGGGACGAGAAGUACUCGAGCCAUUCGAAGUCGGACAGGGAAUCGCGCUACGCGUCCUCCCGCUCCCGCUCGGACAGAGACAGGAGGCGCAGCCGCUCCCGCUCCCGCUCUGAGCGCAGCUCCAGAACCGGCUCUUCCUACUCGCGGUCGGAGCGCUCGCACUACUACGAGUCCGACCGCCGGUACCAUCGGAGCUCCCCGUACAGGGACAGGUCCAGGUACUCGCGUUCGUACGCGGACAGCAGGGCGCGCGACAGCUCGGACUCGGAGGACGAGUACAGGAGGACGCAUUCCAGAUCCAGCGACUCCAGGCGCACGUCGUCCCGCUCCUCCUCCUCCUACAGAGACUCCAGGGCUCCUCACUCCAAGUCGGACAGGGACAGCAGAGUAGAGUCGUCGUCUCACGCCGACGUGGAGAGGAGGGGAAGGUCUUCUUCGAAAGCAGAUCGAGAUUCAAAAAGGACUUCAGAAAGCGAAGUAACCAAAAGGUGCUCUCCCCUUGACGAGCUCGGCUAUCGGAAGGGGACAUCCCAUUCUAAGCCCGACAGUAAUGUGAAUCCCUCCCGUUAUAAGUCCACCCCUUCAAAGACCCCCACACCAAAGCCUGAUAAAUUUAAGAGUUCUUUCUGUUGUACAGAAUCGAGCGAAGAAAUAAAGCAGCAGUCUAAUUCUCUAGAUUUAGAGGCCUCUUGUCUGAGAAGCAGUGAAAUCAGGGUGUCCGCUGCGAGGAGGUGGGAAAGGGAAAAGCCGCUUUCUCCGUUAGGCCAGCUCGGCGAUUCGCCUGCUUGUAGGAAGGCAGAGGAACCCCACGUGGGUUUUGCCAACACGAAGGCCGAGGAGCUUGCAGGAGGCGAAUGCCGCGACGGUGUUCAGGAGCAAGAAGCUUUGUUAAAGGUGACGAAGCACGAGCCGCUGAGAAUGUGUUUCCCCGCAGAGUUGAGCGUAAAUGGGUCCCCGGAGGGCGAGGCUGACGGUUUGGCAGCUUCCAGUGCCUCCCAAACAGAGGACGUCCCAGCGUCUCCUGACAACAGCCUGUGCCGGUCCGAAGCAUCGCCCGUUGCCAAGACGAGUCCUUCGGACCCGUUGCCGCCCAACGGGUUUGAGAGCGCGUUUGUGUCUCCGGAGCGAGAGCCAGAUGACGCCCGGGUCCAGUCCAGCGAGUGCAGCAGCCUGUUUAGGGAAGCAGAGGCUCCCGUCCCGCGGCGGGAAGGGGAAGCCGCCCCUUUGCCCGUCGUGAAUGUAGAUGAGCCCGAAGCCGUGCCCCGGGAGCCGGACGAUCAGGCGGCUCCGUGUGACAAAACCAAAGAACCCGUUUUUUGCUACUUCCCAGACCAGGCCGCCCCGGCUCUGGAUCCCCCGGAGGUUGAAAUCGAAGCGGAGCCGGCGGAUCUCAGAGUCGCGCCCGAGGCGUUCCUGGACGUGCAGGUGGAGCCGCAGACCGUCACGUGCGGUUACGAGGGCACAGAGGAGCUCCACUCCAAGCCCGCCGGCGACGACGAGCGCGGGCGUCUUUCCCCAGGAGUCAGCCUGGCCGUGGAGAGCUCGAGCAAGGGGCCCCCGCAGGAUGGCCGUUCCCCGAGGCUCAGGCCGGACCGUCCCGUGCCGCCGGAGGGCGUCUCUUCCAAAUGGGACGUGCCGCCGCCGGAGUGGUGCCGGGAGCCGCUCCGGCAGUCCGAGGCCGAAGAGGUGUCCGAGCUGGAGGCUCAGCACGUCGAGCUUGGUUCGGCGAAGGGGAAGCUGUCGCUCAGAGAUGAACAUUCCUACUACUCGGAGGCGCCGCCGGAGCGCCGCGGCGCAGAGCUCCCGGGGGACGGUGCCGUUUCCACCCAGGACGGCGGGACGCAGGGCUCGAGGGUUCCGCGUCCCGGCGACCCGGCCGAUGGGGACGGGGGAAACGAGCCCUCGGCGGCUUUCCCAGACACCCCGUUUCCCUCUUGCGACGUGGCGGCCGCCGCAGAGGAAGCCGAGGCGGUGACUCAGGCGCCGACGUGCGACAGCAGCGGCAGCGCCGCCGAGUUUGGCCCCGCCGGCCGCGAGGGUUAUUCCGACACGGGGGACAGCGAGAGCGAGAGCGGCAGCGAGGCCAGCGACAGCGAGGACUCGGACUCGGACGACGGCGUGCCGAGGAAACGGCUGCAGUCUGUCGUGGUCGUGCCCAAGAACUCGAGCAUUGCCACGGAGGAGAACAGCCCCGGCUCGUCGCGCGGCAGCCAAGGCAGCAGGCGCUUCUCCGAGCAUUGGGACGACGAGCGGCCCGAGCCCAGCAGGCCCUGCUACGAGGAGAGGCUGGAGAGCGUGGCGGGUAAAGGCUCGCAGGCCGAGAGCAAGUGUUCUCCGAGAGGGAUGGAGAAGAGUCCGGCCACUUCCACCGAGCUCGGCAGGAUGGAGACGGAGGAGCCGCGGCCGGACCCGUGUCAGCCCCAGAGCGACGGCGUCGACAGCACGAGCCAGGCGGAUGUCACGGCAGACUGCCACGGCAAGGCCAGCCUGGAGGAGAGGCUGAUGCUGAAGGAGCUGCUGGCCGUGGGGAGACCCGUGGGCCGCCAGGACGAGCAGCCCUUCUGUCAGCCAGAGAGUUUGGAAAGCGCCGACGAAUCCCGGCUCCAGAUGAGCUGUUCCAAGCCGGACAGCAGGCAGGGCAAGGGUGGCCUCCACCAGUCCGGCCUCGGAGACUUCUCCAGGCCGGAUGGUUUUCACGCCACGGAGGAUGCGAGUGGUGUGGGCUGGGACCUUUCCCAGCCAGAGAAGCCCAGUAGCACUUACCAGCAGCCAGACAGCAGCUUCGGGGUGUACUCGGGCUACGUUUACCAGCCGGGCUCGGGAGCGUACGGCGACUCGCAGAGCUACUGGCAGGGCAACGGUUACUGGGACGCCAGGGCCGGCGGCAGAGCCGCUGCCGGCAGCUACGAGCGCGUCCAAGGGCAAGUCCCGGAUUCCCUCACCGAGGACCACGAGGAGUUCGAAGAGGACGAGCGGUGGGUCGAUGACUGCAAAGCUCGUUUCCCCAGCCCCUCGAGUCAGUGCCAGCUGCCCGGGCAGGGCUCGGUGCAGGCACACGAGAUCAGCAGCAAUUCCAGCAAGGAGCCCGUGCCUGGCGGGGACAAGAAGGAGGAGGGCAAAGCUUUGGACAAAAACGACGUGAAGGAGCGGGGCCCGCCGAAGAAAAGGCGUCCCGAGGUGGAGAGCGACUCCGAGAGCGACGGGGACGCGCGGGAGAAGAAGAAGGUGAAGGCGGAGGGCGAGCAGGCGGAGGCGGCGCCGCAGGACUCCUCCAUGGUCGGGCGCCUGUGCAUCAUGGACGACUUCAGAGACCCCCAGCGCUGGAAGGAGUUUGCCAAGCAAGGGAAGAUGCCCUGUUACUUCGACCUGAUUGAGGAGAACGUGUACUUGACAGAAAGGAAGAAGAACAAGUCUCACCGGGACAUUAAGCGGAUGCUGUGUGAGUGCCCUCCGCUGUCCAAGGAGGAGCGAGCCCAGGGCGAGGUGGCUUGUGGGGAAGAUUGUCUCAACCGCCUGCUCAUGAUCGAGUGCUCUUCCAGGUGCCCAAAUGGUGACUACUGCUCCAACAGGCGCUUCCAGAAGAAGCAGCAUGCAGAUGUGGAAGUGAUCCUCACUGAGAAGAAGGGCUGGGGGCUGAGGGCUGCCAAAGACCUGCCAUCCAACACUUUUGUCCUGGAGUACUGUGGAGAAGUGCUGGACCACAAGGAGUUCAAGGCUCGUGUGAAGGAAUAUGCCCGGAACAAGAACAUCCACUAUUAUUUCAUGGCCCUGAAGAAUGAUGAGAUAAUCGAUGCUACCCAGAAGGGAAACUGCUCCCGGUUUAUGAACCACAGCUGUGAGCCGAACUGCGAGACACAAAAGUGGACUGUGAAUGGGCAGCUCAGAGUUGGGUUUUUCACCACCAAGCUGGUCCCCUCGGGCUCGGAGCUGACCUUUGAUUACCAGUUCCAGAGAUACGGCAAAGAAGCUCAGAAAUGUUUCUGUGGCUCAGCCAACUGCCGGGGUUACCUGGGAGGAGAGAACAGGGUGAGCAUCCGAGCUGCCGGCGGCAAGAUGAAGAAGGAGCGCUCCCGCAAGAAGGACUCGGUGGAUGGGGAGCUGGAGGCGCUGCUGGAGAACGGAGAGGGCCUCUCGGACAAGAACCAAGUGCUCAGCUUGUCCCGGCUCAUGGUUCGGAUCGAAACGCAGGAGCAGAAGCUCACCUGCCUCAAACUCAUACAGAACACGCACUCGCAGUCCUGCCUCAAGUCCUUCCUGGAGUGUCACGGCUUGUCGCUGCUCUGGAUCUGGAUGACGGAGCUGGGCGAUGGCAGAGGAAGCACUGCCAACAACCUGAAGCUGCAGCUGGAGAUUAUGAAGACACUAGAGCUCCUGCCUAUCCCUACCAAGAACAUGCUGGAGGAGAGCAAAGUGCUUCCCAUCAUCCAACGGUGGGCUCAGACCAAGACUGCUGUGCCCCAGCUGAGCGAGGGGGACGGCUACUCGAGCGAGAACACGUCCCGUGCUCACACCCCGCUCAACACGCCCGACCUCUCCGCCAAGCAGAGCGCGGAGGGCGACACCGACACCCCCAAGAAGCUGGUGUUCCGAAGGCUGAAGAUCAUAAGCGAGAACAGCAUGGACAGUGCCAUCUCUGACACCACCAGCGAGCUGGAAGGGAAGGAGGGCAAAGAGGACCUGGAGCAGCUGGAAGGAGCCACGCCGCCGGAGGUGCCGGAGGAGCAGCAGCAGCAGGAGGCGAAAGCUGCCGUGGAGGCGCCGGCCGAGAGCAGCAAAGGCCCAGCUGCAGAGCUGGAGGCUGAGCCCGAGGCAGAGGCGAAGGAGAGCAAUGGCACGAAGCUGGAGGAGCCCAUGGCGAUGGAGACGCCGUCCCAGGACGAAGAGGAGGGUGUGUCUGACGUGGAGAGCGAGAGGAGCCAGGAGCAGACGGACAAAAUCGUGGAUGUGAGCGACCUGGCCACCAGGCUGCUCGACAGCUGGAAGGAGCUCAAGGAGGUGUACCGGAUCCCCAAGAAGAGCCAAGCAGAAAAGGAGAGCAGUGCUGACCGUGGGAGAGAGCCAGCUGGUCACAGGGAUCAAACUCCAACCCCAAAGAACCCCAUCCUGAGCAGAGAGAGGGAUCCUGAGAGGCAGAGCCAGAGCAAAGAGAAGAAGAGGCGGAGAGACUCGUUGUCCCCCCCGUCCUCGGCGUACGAGCGAGGAACCAAGAGGCCGGAGGACAGGUAUGACACACCAGCAUCCUCCAAGAAGAAGGUGCGGCUCAAGGAUCGCAACAAGCUGUCGACGGAGGAGCGCCGCAAGCUGUUCGAGCAGGAGGUCGCCCAGAGGGAAGCCCAGAAGCAACAACAGCAGCUGCAGAACCUGGGCAUGACGUCCCCCCUGCCCUACGACUCCAUGGGCUACGGCACACCCCACCACAGCUUCAUCGGCUACCCCCCUGGCUACCCCAUGCAAGCCUACGUUGACCCCAGCAACCCCAACGCCGGCAAGGUGCUGCUGCCCACCCCCAGCAUGGAUUCCAUGUGCUCACCCGCCACCUACGAGCACCCUCAGCCUUUGGUUGGGCACACGGUGGAAGCCGCCCUCCCCACCCCUCAGGCAGUACCAGUGGUGCAACAUGUAGCAACGCCCAUGGAGGUGCCCACUCCUCAGUAUGUAGCACAGGGCGAGCCCGUGGUCCAUCAGGAAGCCAACGUGACCGUCCUGCCCGUGGCCACGCCGGGCCCGGUGCAGAGCCAGAGCUACGGGGUGUGGGAUUCCAGCCAGCAGACUGUAGCUGUGCAGCAGCAGUACUCGCCAGCCCAGUCCCAGCCAGCCAUAUACUACCAGGGACAGACCUGUCAGACUGUGUAUGGUGUGACGUCCCCCUACUCGCAGACCACCCCGCCCAUUGUACAGAGUUACCCCCAGCCAGGUCUGCAGUACAUCCAGGGCCAGCAGAUUUACACGGCUCACCCGCAGGGAGUCAUAGUGCAGCCCCCCACCGCCGUGACCACCAUCGUGGCGGCCGGGCAGCCUCAGCCCAUCCAGCAGCCAGAGCUUGUGGUCAGCAAUAACCUUCUGGACCUGCCUCCACCAUCCCCUCCAAAGCCCAAGACAAUUGUCCUCCCACCCAACUGGAAAACCGCCCGAGAUCCCGAGGGGAAGAUCUACUACUACCACGUGGUGACGAGGCAAACCCAGUGGGACCCUCCUACGUGGGACAGCCCAGGGGACGACGCCAGCCUCGAACACGAAGCUGAAAUGGACCUCGGGACCCCGACGUACGACGAAAACCCCAUGAAGUCUUCCAAGAAGCCCAAGACAGCAGAAGCAGACACGUCGAGCGAACUCGCCAAGAAGAGCAAGGAGGUGUUCAGGAAGGAGAUGUCGCAGUUCAUCGUGCAGUGCCUGAACCCCUACCGCAAACCCGACUGCAAGGUUGGCCGCAUCACCACCACCGAGGACUUCAAGCACCUGGCACGCAAGCUGACCCACGGCGUCAUGAACAAGGAGCUGAAGUACUGCAAGAACCCCGAGGACCUGGAGUGCAACGAGAACGUCAAACACAAGACCAAGGAGUACAUCAAGAAGUACAUGCAGAAAUUCGGGGCCAUCUACAAACCCAAAGAGGACACGGAGCUGGAGUGACGCCCGUUGCCCCCGCAGUGCCCCCAGUCCCGCCGGGCUCUGAGCAGCAGCCGUGGUUCCAGCCACAACCCACCUGUGAAUUUAUUAUUGUUAUUAUUAUUGUUAUUAUUAUUUUUUAAAGAGGAAAAUAAACCUUGGGUUCCCUA